AUGAAGACGCGGAUGCAUGAAGAGCAGGAGAUCGCGAAGCGCGCUUUGACGGGAUGACCGGUCGGGGUGCGGAAGGAAGACGUCGACAGGCCUGAGUUACUGGUGCCUAUCCGCCUUGAACUCGAUGUCGAGCACCAUAAACUUCGCGAUACCUUCGUUUGGAACCUAAACGACAACGUUGUAUCGCCCGACGCCUCCGCGCAGACAGUCGUCGACGACUACCAGCUCGCGCCUGCUUACGUUGCGAGAAUCGCCAAUCAAGCUACCGACCGGCUCGCUGACUUCCAGGCCCACCACGCCGACGAAGGCGACGCGGACGACGAGUGGGGUCCCGUGCAUGGGCCUCUAGAUCCCGGAGCCGAAGACGCCAAGUUUUGGGACAUGUGGCGUGCCCGUAAGCGCCGGCGCCUAUCGGGCGGCACGGCUGCUAGCUUGCUACUGGCGGCGAACGACGAUGACGCGCGGGAGGAGCUGCGCAUCAUCGUCAAGCUCGAGAUCACCAUUUAUAGCAUCAAGCUCGACGAUCAGUUCGAGUGGGAUAUCACCAAUACCGGCGCUUCGCCUGAACAGUUUGCGGAGGUCUGCGCUGCUGAUCUAGGCCUUGGUCGGGAGUUCAAAACCGCCAUUGCAAAUAGUAUCCGCGAGCAGGCUCAGACAUACCAGAAGAAUCUGUUCCUCGUCGGCCAUCCAAGCAAUGGCUCGGCCGUUCAUGACGAGGACCUCCGCAUGUCGUUCCUCCCGUCCCUCGCCAGCGCAGCCCGCCCGAUCGACCAAGUCUCCUCGUUUACGCCGCCCCUAAACUACCUCUCCGACUCUGAACUUGAGCAUAACGACAAGGAACGUAAGCGCGAUGCUGCACGUCGCAAGAAGCGUAACACCCGUGGUCGGCGUGGCGUUGCUCUGCCUGACCGCGCGCCCAUCAAGCCGGCACGUACACCUGCUAUCGGCUUUCCCGAGAUCGACCCGGCCAUGCUCGCCGCGAAUCAGGCCGCUGCUGCACCGGCCGGUCGCCGUGCUGCUGCUGCUGCCGCCAGUCUCACCAUUGCGAACAUGGUUGUGAAUGAGAAUCGCGGGGAAGAUGGUCCUGGCGUUGUCGCUACUCGUGCUCCCGCCAGCGCGAACCAGGCCCAUAAUCAGGCUCAAGCCGCGCAGGCUACCAAGGAGAAGAAGAAGCAAACCAAGGGUCACUUCCAGCCUCCUUCGUACGACCCCGCCGCCAUUCAUCCUCGCGCUCGUGUUCCGAUGCCAACACGCACGACCGCUGCGGAUGCUGCUUCUCUUCCUCCGCCACUUGCAGACGAUCCGCCCGUGCCCAUGCCCGAUACCCCUCCUACCACGCGCAGCGGACACGCCGGCUACUUCAGCGCCCGCCGGGCGAAGGAGCUCGAGCGCGAAUCCGCGGACGGUCAACAUCCGAACAUGAUUGAUGGCGUCUGGCACUGCUCAAACUGCGGUUGUCCCGAGAAUAUCGCCGUGGUCGUCGUAAAGGCUCGUCCGGUCACCUACAACGCGGAUCCGGCGAUCCAUAGGAAGGUCAAGGAGGACGCGGAUAAGGCGAAGAAUGCGGGCCGGAGGAGAAGGGGCAGUGUGCAGAGGGAGGAGACGAACGUCGGGGAGGACGUUGGAACGCCUGCGACGGGUGGAGGCGAGCAAGAAGAGGAGGCUGACGAGAAGAAGCCUGAACCUUCGCCUGAACAACCUGAGCAAGAUGCGGGUGCGCCAGGGGAUGUGGAUGAGCCCAUGGGAGGUAUUGAGCGUCCGCCGCAGUGGCUGAUCCAGGCAACGGAGGACACGCGAAAGAAGUACCCCGAUGACCGGUUCGAAGUCGUCGACCGGCCGGGGAGAAACGGCGAGAAGGAGUGGAGGUUGAAGUGCGUGGAUUGUCCCGGAAAGUUGUAUAAGCCGAAUGAGGAGGGCGAGCUCGGGCUGAGCGAUUUCGAGGUCCAUUGA